UUCAGUGUUAUCUGGAAGUUGAAAAAGAGUCAAAAGAGUUUCAUGAAGAUUUAGCGCUACAGUUUGAAGCGAAAAAUAUUGAACAAGACAAAAAGAUCAAGGAAUUAGAGCAUCAGAUUCAGAGUGCAGAACAAGUUAUAAUGGAGGAGAAGGAUUUAAGAGAAUCACUGGUUAACCAGCUCAGUUAUGAGGGCAGGGAAAAAGAUCGUGAAAUGUUGCAUCAGUUAGAUGAGAAUAAACUACUCAUGAUGGAAUACAAUUCGUUGAAGAACAUGCUUGAGGCCCAUGAAGACUCUGUCGAUAAAUUGAGAAAGGCUCUUGAAGAAAAAGACGCCUGUAUAGUGAAUCAUGAGAAAAAUAUAAAGGCAUUGGAGGACAAAGUUCUUCACUAUUACAAGACCAUGGAAGAUCAGAAUGAUAAAAUAUCGGAAUUAAAAGAAAACUUGCAGAAUGUUGAAGAACAGAUAGUAUUUUACAUGGAGAAAGAAACAGUUACCAAUGAGAAGAUAGAAAACUUGGAAGAACAAAUCAAAGCAAAAGAGGAGGAGAUUGAAACAGAGAGGAAAAAUCAUACAUUUAAGGUUGAGAUGUUGAACGAGGACUUAAAAUCUUACCAGGAGAACAUUGAUGAACUACAACUAGAGUACGAGCGUAGUCAACAGCAACUGAACGUCAGUGAAACCAACGUCAAAAACCUGGAAACUAAAAUAAACACACUAACUGAAACGCUGAAGUCAAAGGAAGAAGCAACUGAAAAGUUGAGUAGCAAGUCAAUGGAACUUGAAGAAUUAACACAACAGCUCAGUCUACUGGAAAGUGCUCGACAACAAAGAACCAUUGAGAACAUUGAAAUAUCCAAUGAAAACAAAGAGCUUAAGGUUAAAAUUGAGGAAAUAGAAAAACAGAACAAUGCAACAUGUACGGAAUUGGAAUUCUUGAAAACCGAGUACCAGUCUAUGAAGGAAAAAACAGAGACACAGACCAGUGAGAUAUCUGAGUUGUUGAGGAGAUGUAGCAGUGCUGAGUUGAGAGCUGCUAAUGUAGAGGCCGACCGAAACCAGGCUCAAUCUAGAGACAGCCCUAUCGAUUCAUGGAGAGGUGGAGACGCUAAAUUGGAGGAGAUCAGAAAAGAGAAUUUAGAACUUAAAGAACUGGAAACAAGAAGUUCCUUUAAGACAGCCUACCACGAGAGCUCAUCAAAUCUUUCAUAUGAGGAUGAGAUUGGUCUUAUUGAAGCAGAUGACAAUGAAUGUCUGAGGUUAAAAGUGAGGCAUUUAGAGCAUAAACUGUCCGAGGGUAAACCUCCUCAUGAGGCAUUACGUCUACAGAAGGAAAAUAUUGUACCUCAUCAUAAAGACUUCCUGUCCGGAGAAUAUACCCAAAGAUCUCCGCAAUAUAAUACACUCCAAAACAGAGAACCGAAGAAAUAG